AUGGUCAUAUCAUAUCUACGGAGAUUGCCCGGGGACUAUCGCGAGCCCUCGAUAUUCCUAGAUGCGAAGUCUUCGUGGACUUUUUGGGGUCCGGAGAUCUGUAUGAGCUGCCAGAGAGCGAUGCCUGAGCAACAUGGUCCAGUCUUCCCAUCUGCUGAACAGCAACCACCCACCCAACCGCUGUAG